AUGCUGCGGAGUGCAAACGACGAGCUCGGUUCCCAGCUGCGACGUUUUUGGGAAGUGGAACAACUACCUCCCACUUCCAUGUUGACCCAGGCGGAGUUGGCGUGCGAGGAAAUCUUCCGGGACACGUAUGGCCGAACCGAGGACGGGCGUUACAUGGUGCGCCUACCGCUGCGAGCGGACCCUCGACUCGAGUUAGGCGACUCAGAGCGAAUAGCGCGGGCGGCACUUCUGCGUCUGGAGCGUCGUCUCGCGACCCAGCCGGAAUUACGGGCUGCGUACAUCCACUUUAUGGACGAGUAUGAGCGGCUAGGACACAUGACUCCUGCUCAGUCCGUUCCAGGGGAGGCACAGUUCUGUAUCCCGCACCACGCGGUCGUGAAAACAUCGGACCGGCCCCUAAAGAUUCGAGUCGUAUUCAACGCCUCGCAACCCUCCGCCUCGGGCCGUUCACUGAAUGAUCUGCUGCAUGUGGGACCUCGACUGCAGAGCCCCUCCGAUCCGAUCCUCGCCUACCGCCUCAACACGGUCACGUACAGGACGGCCAGUGCUCCGUACCUGGCCCUUCGGGUCCUGCGACAGCUCGCUCAGGAUGAGCAGAACGCGUGGCCUCGAGCUGCAGAACUCAUCCGCGCAAACACUUACGUGGACGACAUCCUGGCGGGAGCGGAUAGCGAGGCCGAUGCUCAGGCUCUCCAAAGGGAGCUCAUAAACCUUCUGAGGGCGGGCGGCUUCAGCCUCCGAAAAUGGGCCUCCAACUCGGCGGUUGUACUGGAGUCCGUAUGCGAGGAGGAUCGAGAGCCGCUGAUACAGAUACGCGACAGAGAUGCGGUCGGAGCUCCUAUCCUCGGAGUCCACUGGUUGCCGCUGCCCGACUCUCUGUGCUACGCGGUGAACCAGGAGGAGUCAAGUCCGUUGACGAAACGCGGGAUCCUGUCGACCACCGCGCGCUUGUUCGACCCCAUGGGAUGGAUCAGCCCGGUCAUCGUUCGAGGCAAAAUACUCCUCCAGGAGUUGUGGUUGGCCGGGGUUGACUGGAAUCAACCUUUAUCUCCCACCAUGGUGGAGCGGUGGCAAUUGUUACGCGGGGAGCUGGCGGAUCUCCACGCGAUCCGAAUACCUCGCUGGGUCGGUUGGUCUCCCAACAUUGAGGCGGAGUUACACGGAUUCUCCGACGCCUCCGAGAGAGCCUACGCGGCGGCAAUAUACCUCGUGACGAGGCCCCGGGACGGGCCGGCGGCAGCGAGCUUGCUGUUCCCAAAGACCCGGGUGUCCCCAGUGUGCUGCUGGACGGACUCUACCGUGGCCCUUGCGUGGAUCCGCGGCCACCCGUCCCGUUGGAGCUCCUUUGUUGCCAAUCGCGUCGGGGCGAUACACGAAAUGAUUCCGGGUGCCCGUUGGGGUCAUGUAUCGACGGUAGACAAUCCAGCGGAUGCCGCCACCAGUGGACUGUCGCCAGCAGCACUGCGCAGCCACGACAUAUGGUGGGGGGGUCCCACGUGGCUGUUGCUCCCGGAGGACCGUUGGCCAAAACGGGAGCCCCCGUUGAUGACGGCGCCGGAGGAACGCCGCGUCGUGCACGCCGCCACGGUGGCCUUACCUGAGUGGGACGGGUUGAUAAGGGCGUCCUCAUAUCGGAGGGCCCUUCACGUAAUGGCCUAUGUGCUCCGCGUAGUCACGAGGAGCGCCGGCUCUGCGGUAGGACUGACUGCCUCCGAGCUCCGACGCGCGGAGAUACGCCUUAUACGGCUGAGCCAGGAGGGAUUCUUCGACCACGAGAGACGUUGCGCACAGAGCGGCUUGCGCCUUCCCCGCGACAGCUCGUUGCGGACACUGUGCCCGGUACUGGAUCAAGAAGGAUUGUUACGAGUGGGCGGCCGGCUGGCAUCCGCCCAACUGCCGGUAGACGAGCGUUGCCCAAUUGUCCUGCCCCGACAAUCACACUUCACGACCUUACUUGUUAGGGAUAUCCACGAGCGCACGCUCCAUGGGGGUACCCAGCUCACGCUGGCCACGCUGCGCGAGCGUUUCUGGGUGCCAGCCGGUCGAGCCUUUGUCAGAGGGCUGCUCCACCGCUGCGUCGUCUGUACUCGGCAUCAGGCGCGACCCAUGCAACCAAUGAUGGCUCCUUUGCCUAGGGACCGUGUCGUCCCCACGGCGCCAUUUAACGUCGCCGGAGUGGACUACGCCGGGCCGGUCUCGUUGACUGCUUCGCGGGGCCGGGACCGACGCGCCUUUAAGG